AAAACUCAAAUAAAUUUGCGCCAAAUAGACAUCACGAACUAACCUAUUUCGCUCGCAAGAGCACAAUGCGAUAUUAAACAUGAAAUCGUAGAGUUAAACAACAGUCACGAGACGAUGAUGAUUUUACGUUUAACAUACGUCACAACGGAGUGAAAAUUACAAUUUUCGAUGUCCGCUUAGCUGUCAUACUUUAAAACAGAAACUUGACUAUCUAUUUCGAGUCAUAGGCAAUGUGUUAAUCGUUUAUUUAUAUCACUACUGUGCUGCAUUUCCAGCUGGCCGGUCGUUGUGUACAAAGUUGCAUUGUUGCAAGCACAAAAUAUAAAAUGUUACAUUAAAUUCCACCUGUCGAUAAACGCUAAAUUAUGGAGGAGAUUUGGUUUCGCCUAUCAACUCAUUUAGAGGCACUUCAGGUACAAGCGUCAGUAAUUGUACAACAAGGACAACAACGGUUCACAACAUUGUUGACACGGGCACAUCAGCUCUUUCACGAAUUUUACAACGACCAAGCCACGCAAAAUGUGAGAGACAUUAUGCAACAUAUAAUUAUUUGGAUGGAGAAAGCUUGGGAGCAACUACAGUUUCAGUAUUACAGCACACACUUUAGCAUGAAAUCAUUUUACUGGCAAAUAAGAGAUUUUUAUAAUAACGAAGUAUCAAGAAGAGAGCUAGCGUUUUGUCUAGCAGGUAUAGCCAUAGGUACUAUGAUUGGUUAUUACAUUGGAAUUAAUUGGGCAUAUUCAUCCCAUCAUUUGCAUCCUAUGAAAGCCAUCAUGUGUUAUCAGUAUACCGGCAUUGAGGGUGUGUCCAUGGUAUAUGAUGCAGAAAUGCCUAUAAUUCAAACGUCCAAUGAACUGUUAAUACAAGUUAAAGCAGCCUCUGUUAAUAUUGUUGACGCAAAAAUUUGUUCCGGCUACUCUAAAACUUAUCGACGUCUUCUUAACAUCGGAAAACACCGAGAACUCCCGGUAACAUUAGGCAGAGAUUGUGCAGGAGUAGUGGUAGGUAUCGGACAAAGCGUUAUUAAUUUUGAUAUCGGAGACGAAGUAUUCUUAGCUGUACCUUCAUGGGCUCCUGGUACAAUGGCUGAAUAUAUAGUUGUACCGGAAACUCUUGUAGCUAAACGACCGAAAAACAUUACUUUCGAAGCAUCUGCCGUUCUUCCGUACAAUGGAUGCUUGGCUUGGGAUGCCUUAGUUAAUAGAUCUACAAUUCAAGAAGGCAAUGCAGAAGGAAAACGAAUACUUGUAUGUGGUGGAAACACUCCAGUUGGUUGUAUUUUGACGCAACUAGUUAAAUUUUGGGGUGGGCAGGUAGGCGUAAUAUGCGAACCAAAGGCAAUUCCCGUGUCGAAAGCUAUAGGAGCGGAUGAAGUUAUACCAUUAAAUGGCUCAAAUAUCGAAAAAGAGUUAGAAUUAUAUGACAAAUACGAUGCUAUUUUUUAUACCGGUGGUGAACCAAUCGAUGAACGUAUAUUAAAGAAACAUUUAGUACCUUACGGUUCCUAUGUAUCUACAAUUCCCGAACAGUUAACAUCAGAUUCGUUAGGUUUUAUACUUGGAAGCAUAUUUGCUGGAUACGUACGGAUAAAAUUGCUCGUACAGUAUAUGUUUGGAUUUAAUAUACAUCAAUGGAAAGAAGGUUCAAGGCUUAAAGCAACGUACUUACAAGCAUUGUGCGAUUUAACCGAUACUAAUCAAUUACAGAUAGUUAUGGACAGAGUAUAUACACCUCAUAAUAUUGAACAAGCAUUGCAACAUAUAUUAAAUCCUAACGCUAUUGGUAGUACUAUAAUAACAUUUCAGUGACGAUUAAAUGUUAUUGGGAAGAAACUUGUUUUAAUUUGUUAUAUAUAAUAAUAUUCUAUAAAAUCAUAUUGUAAAUAAUGACAGUAGCGUUUGGAACUGCCAAAUACCAUACAAUAUCAAAGGAAAUUCCACACAUGUUAUGGAAAUGUACUUGGUACACGUGGUGCUAAAAUAAGACUGAACGACUAUUGUAAUAAAGGCAUC